CUUUUGUCCUGAUUGGUCAAUUAAAUACUACUCUAUCCUACGAGUAGGAUUUUUGAACGCAUCUCUAUACAUCAGACGUAAUAUGUGUGUGACACAUAACCAUAUGAUUCUUCAGACCGCGCGUUUUUCUUCAAGGUAUGGAAAACAAUGAAAAAAACACGAGUUGAAGAUUUCGUAAAGAGAUGGAGGGCGAUGAUUCGCGUAAAUAUAACCGAAAAAUUGUCUCCUUCAAAGAUUUUGACAGAUUUAAAUUGGAAGAGAAAAAAUACGACGAUACUUCUCUCAACAUAUAUACAGCGAGACUGAACGAUUUGAGAGAAGAUACACUACAUAAAGCGAAAUUAAAAUGGACGAACUAUUCAUAUACAGAGGUCUCAUGCUUAGUCUUGGAAAAUCCAGAAAAAUCUUAUAUUCUGAUAGGAAUACUAUAUAAGGAUCAGAAGCUGAAACCUUCUUUACUGCGUGAACUCAGCAAAGAGCUGCAAUUGGAAGUUCAAUCGAAUAAAAAUUAUGCAUCAGCUGAUGACAAAUUAUUUCUGGAGGAUGAAACAUUACGUAUAAGAUUAGUGGGAAAUCAUAUAAACAUUCAAGAAGUAGUUACAGGACUCGUCUGUGCCAUACUAGGACAUGAAUUAGAAAAUGGAACAUUCUGGGUGGAGGACUGGUGUUUUCCAGGAUAUUGCCCGAAGCCUUGUAUAUCAAGUGGCUCAUUGGUGGAAAAUGCAAAAAUUCUGCUAAUUUCUGGAUUAGAUCUUGUUAAUAACACAGAUCAGCUUAGCCUAGAUUUACUUUCGGAAUGGAUAACUGGAAUGGCAGGCUGCAUUAACGUGCAAGAGGAAGAAGCGAUAAUUGCUAGAGUCAUCAUUGCUGGAAACACCAUUCGUGGUUCUACAAAGAUAUAUUAUCACAAAGGUUACCAGGAAACAAAAUCAUAUGAUCAACUCAAAAUCAAAGAAGACCUAAUAGCGAUGCAUAAACUUGACAGUUUUCUCAGUAAUAUCCUCCAUUGUUGUUGUGUCAUGCUGAUGCCCGGAGAAUUUGAUCCUGCCUGCAAUUAUAGUAUGCCUCAGCAACCUUUCCAUCCAUGUACUCUGCAAAAGUCGGCCAGGUUUAAGAGCAUGUAUGGUGCGACUAAUCCGUGGAUCGGAAAUAUCGGAGGUCGUGUCAUAGCCGGUUCUUGUGGCGGACCGAUCGUGGAUAUCAUGAAAAUCGCUGGAUUAUCCCAACUGUCUCCAUUAGAGUGGAUGGAACGAACCUUGAUCUGGCGACAUUAUGCUCCAACUGGUCCAGACACGCUUCCAAUUCAUCCAUUCUUCAAAAAUGAUCCGUUCGUUAUGAAGGAAUGCCCGGAUAUAUAUUUUGCCGGAAACAUGGAUAAAUACGAUACGAAAUUAAUUACAGCUGAUGAGGGGCAAAUGAUAAGAUUGAUAUGCGUUCCAAAGUUCUCGGAAUCAAAGACAGCGGUGCUAGUCAAUUUACAAGACCUGACGACACAGCCUAUAUCAUUUGGUGAUGGCUGAUAGAAUUUGUAUUAUAUUAUUUAAAAGGUAAAAUAAUCGUUUAUCGUAUCAGGGAAAUUAUGAUAACAAAGUAUCCAAAAAAUAAAAUGUACAUAAUUUUCAUAUAAAAAA